AUGUCUUCCGCUGCUGCUAAGAUCUUGAACGAGAAGCCAUCCGAAUUGGAGUUGCAAGUUGCUAAGGCUUUCGCUGACUUGGAGGCCAGCUCUCCAGAGCUUAAGGCUGACUUGAGAACUCUUCAAUUCAAGUCCAUCAGAGAGAUUGACGUCUCCGGUGACAAGAAGGCCAUUGUUAUCUUCGUCCCAGUCCCAUCUCUCGGUGCUUUCCACAAGGUCCAGGUCAAGUUGGCCCGUGAGCUCGAGAAGAAGUUCCCAGACCGUCACGUUGUCUUCCUCGCUGAGAGAAGAAUCUUGCCAAAGCCAGGUCGUACCUCUAGACAAACUCAAAAGAGACCAAGAUCUAGAACUUUGACUGCUGUCCACGACAAGAUCUUGGAGGACUUGGUCUUCCCAACUGAGAUUGUCGGUAAGAGAGUUAGAUACUUGGUUGGUGGUAACAAGAUCCAAAAGGUCUUGUUGGACUCCAAGGACGCUCACUACGUUGACUACAAGUUGGAGUCCUUCCAAUCCAUCUACAGCAAGUUGACCGGUAAGCAAGUUGUCUUUGAGAUCCCAGGUGAGAACCACUAA